AUGAAGUCCGCCAUCCUCCUCGGCCUCACAGGCCUGGCUGCCAACGUGCACGCCCAUCCCACCAAGCAGCAUGAUUCCGGCUCCAACCUCGUUAGGCGCGGCAUCGACAUCAGCAAGUACCACUUGCCCAGUCUCUCGGACUACACCCCCUCGACUCACGUCGAUGUCGAGGACGAGGCGUCUCUUCAGUCUGUCGACCUCAAGCGUGACUACGUUGCCACUGCUACUCGGGCUGUCAAGAGACUUGCUCCUCACGCCAAGUUUCGUGUGGUAGAUGACCACUAUGUUGAUGUCGACGGCAUUGGCCACGUCCACUUCAAGCAGACUGUCCACGGCAUCGACAUUGAUAAUGCUGACUUUAAAGUCAACGUUGGCCGAAAUGGUAGAGUCUUCUCUCACGGCAACAGCUUCUUCACCGGCAAGCUCCCCACCGAAAACCCCCUGACCAAGCGCGCCUUUUCCGAGCCCACCGAGGCUCUCAAGGGCGCUGUCGACAUCCUGGGCCUCCCCGUCAAGGCCGACGGCGCCACUGCCGAGCCCACGGAGGGCACCGAGAAGUACGUCCUCAAGGGCACCUCGGGAGCUGUCAGCGACCCCGAGGCCCGGCUGGUGUACCUCGUCAAGGCCGACGGCACCCUCUCCCUGACGUGGCGCGUCGAGACCGACGUGGUCGACAACUGGCUGCUCACGUACGUCGACGCCGCGACCAACCAGGAGGUCCACGGCGUGGUCGACUACGUCGCCGACUUCGCCACCUAUGAGGUCUACCCCUUUGGCGUCAACGACCCGUCCGAGGGCGACCGCAAGACCUUCACCGACCCCUGGCGCAUCGAUGCCUCGCCCUUCACCUGGCUCGGCGACGGCACGACAAACUACACCACCACCCGUGGCAACAACGCCAUCGCCCAGGUCAACCCCACCGGCGGCAACGACUACCUCAACAACUACCGCCCCAGCAGCCCGUCCCGGACGUUCGAGUACCCCUUCUCGCUGACCCAGACCAACCCCGUCGACUACCGCGACUUCUCCGUCACCCAGCUCUUCUACACCGCCAACAAGUACCACGACCUGCUCUACCUGCUCGGCUUCACCGAGGCCGCGGGCAACUUCCAGGUCAACAACAACGGCAAGGGUGGCAAGGGCAACGACUUUGUCAUCCUCAACGCCCAGGACGGCUCCGGCACCAACAAUGCCAACUUUGCGACCCCGGCCGACGGCAGCAGCGGCCGCAUGAGGAUGUACAUCUGGACCGUGUCGACUCCUCGCCGUGACGGAUCCCUGGAGGAGGGCAUUGUCAUUCACGAGUUUACCCACGGAUUGUCCAACCGUCUCACCGGCGGCCCCGCCAACUCGGGCUGCCUGUCCGGCCUCGAGGCCGGCGGCAUGGGCGAGGGCUGGGGCGACUUCUACGCCACGGCCAUCCGCCUCAAGCCCUCCGACACCCACUCGACCAACUACCCGAUGGGCGCCUGGGCAGACAACAACCCGGCCGGCAUCCGCCAGUACCCGUACUCGACCAGCCUCACCACCAACCCGCUGACCUACAAGUCGGUCAACUCCCAGUCCGAGGUGCACUCCGCCGGAACCACCUGGGCCUCGAUCCUCUACGAGGUCCUCUGGGCCCUCAUCGACAAGCACGGCAAGAACGACGCCGAGUUCCCGACGUUUGACAGCCAGGGCGUGCCCACCGACGGCAAGUUCCUCGCCCUCAAGCUCGUCCUCAACGGGCUCGCCCUGCAGCCCUGCACGCCUACCUUUGUCUCUGCGCGUGAUGCCAUUAUCGAUGCCGAUCGUGCGCUCACGGGCGGCGACAACGUGUGCGAGCUGUGGACCGCAUUUGCGAAGCGUGGGCUGGGAUCGGGUGCGAAAUACUCGUCUUCUUCCCGCACGGAGAGCUUCACCGUUCCCUCGGGUGUCUGCUAG